AUGAGACGCACCAAGAGGACGGCGGAUGCAGCGACGCCGCCAGAAUCCCGCCGAGCGUCAGCCAGAGCGAGCACGGGCAGAGAGGUCAGAAGGUUAAGGAUGGGAAGUGACAUCAGCCGGAGAAGAGAGGCUCUGAAGAGCAGCGAGAGGACGGAUGAGAAGGAUGGUGAAGGAGGGGAGCACAGGAGGACCAACCUGCCUUCUGCUCCUCAGCAGAGGAUUUCCCUCAAGAGGCUCCUGAACGUGGAGAACAGUUUAGCCUUUGGGAUGGAGAUGCUGCCGACCUACAGCAAGGCCUCGCCCUUCUUCUCUUCUUCCUCCUCCCACCAGGCUUCCCAGCCAUCCCACACUGCCGCUCCUGCUUCAUCCCUCUCAGGGAGUCAGGCCCAUAAAUCAAGUGAUCAAAGCCGUGGACCUAAUCUGAACUUUCUGCCUCCAGUUGACAAAGGGCUGCUUGUGCUGUUGCAAGACGCCGACUGGUACUGCAGGACAAAGACGUUCACGGAGGCUGCUGGCUCGCUGCUUGCGGCCCUGCAGCUGACGUCCAAGGGCCACGUGCUGAGGGACGUUGGGUGUGCAGACCCUGAGGAAAUCCAGCUCGUGCUCAGCUACAUCCAGGCGCAGCUGGUGGUCUGCUAUGUGAGGAUGAAGAAGCCCCAGCUGGCCCUCCAACAUGCGUACAGGAGCAUCCAGCUGAACCCGAGCCACUUCCAGAACCAUCUGCGGCAGGCCGUCGUCUACAGGAUGCUGCACAGACCCUGGCUGGCAGCAAAGAGCGUCCUGACUGCUGACUGGCUGUAUUGUCUGUCGGGAGGCACCGAGCGCCGGAUCAGCACGCAGCUCAAACUCUAUUGGCAGGCUAUGCUACAUGAGGCUCAGCUCGUGGAGGAGGACAUCUGUGUGAUGUACACGCCGUACUCUGGGGAACCUACAGCCAAGGACAUCAGCCGAGCAGAGGAGGCCUGCAUGGAGCAGCAUCCUGCCCUCACCGACCUCCUGUUCACAGGUGUGUUUCAGGUACAAACUGGAGGAAUCCAGUUCAUCAAGCCUGGGUCUGGGGACGACUCCAGAGGAGGCCACAUCCUGCCCCAGACCACUGACUGGCUCUCUGCUGAACCCCAGCAGUACCUCCUCACCCUGGGCUUCAGGAGGAGAGAAGAUGGGGUGUUCCUCAAGAACAUAUUCAGAGAUCUCUGGCCCGAUUCACCAGCCAAAAGGGGAAAAAGAAAGCUGUCAACUCCCAAGAAACCACAGAAGGAAGAGAUGGAAACUCCCGAGUUAGUCGAGACAUAUAAGAAGGUUCUGCCCAUCCUGGACCUGAUGCAGGCCACACGGAUGAACCUAGAACCAAAGACAUCUGUGUUCUGA